AAAAAAUAAAUAAAAAAAAAUCAUACCAAAUCCAAACAUCUUACUCUCUCCAGUGACUUAAACAUAACAAUAAUAACUGAAAAAAUAAACCAUGACCUCUAGAAAAUGUAACACAAAUCUCAUAAUUUUUUGACUCAACAGCGAUUGUCAAGGACAUUAUUUGAUAUUCUGUACUUUCAGAAUGUGGACAUUAUUUGAACUUUAUUACCACCUGCUCAUGAAAUCUCCAAACUGCAAAUGCAGGAACUGAAUUUGGACUUUGCGCUGAGUUAAGAGGUGGUAUUGAAUUGUCUUAGCGCAAUGACCAAAUUCUUAGGAAAACAGUAAAUUGUGCUUUACAUUACUUCAUUUACUUAUACAAUACACCCACAGUAGCGCAAACACUCGCACCUAUGCCCAUUUGUGCUGGCACAAUAAUUGUUCUUAGAAUAUGGAUAAGCACGGUCGUAGCGUGUUGUGCUGUGCGCACUCACGAAAAUAAAGCCCUAUGUGUGUUAACAGAACUUUAGUUUGAGAAAACUGCUUAAUAACCUUUUCUGUGUAAAGUUAAAUCCAAUUUUAUAACUUUGUUAUCAUGAUGACGUAAUGCCAUAAACCCUGUAAUCCCACAAAAAGACGAUUUUAACAAUUUAACAGCUCAAAUAAUACAUGUUUAAACAAGAAUAAAAUUAUAAGCUUCACCAUUUCUGCCUUUAAACCCUCCAAAAAUUGGCCCCAUUCACUUAAUUGUAAGUGCCUCACUGUAACCUCGAUAUUUUCUUUUUUUCUUUUAAAGAAAAUGAGGGAUGUUAAAAUACAUUUUUGUGGUAAUCAACAUUAUGCCACAAAUGCUGUCGAGUGUUUAACUUGUAUUGAACCCACAAUAUUUCUUAAAUAUUAUUCAGCUUGUAAACACACAGUUAAACAUGCUUAAACAAGCAACCACCCAGAACACCUUCGUAACACUCUAAAAACAAUCGUAGCAACCGCAUAAGAACACCCCAGCAUCUUGGCAGAAAGUUUUGCAUGGACGAGCACCCCUCACAUUUUCUCUAGAAAAUGGAAAAUUGUGUGUUUGUUUAUAAUGCAAAAAAACUGUAAUGUUUUAAAACAUAAACAGGACAGGCCAGAGGACAAUGCCAUACUGGAGGAGGUGAUAAAGAAAAUAACCAAGUGUCAAAAGACAUUGAAGAGUGGAUACCUAGAGAACCUGACAGUAGAAACCUAUGAGGAUUUGGUCAUCGUUAUAUCAGCAAUACAGAGGAACCUAGAUGAAUGCUUGGAGAUUCGUCAAGAGAUAGAAAUGAUUGUAGAGGAGGUGCAUAAAAAAAAGCACGAUCAUGUACCUACGGCAUAUAGGAAAACACUCUCCCUGGAGAACCAACUAAAAAAUGAGCUUGCCACUGGAGACAUCCUCUCCACUCUCAUCAACUUCGAAAAGGCACACAUCUUAGACACCAGCACAGACUCACCACACCUGGACAGGGGCAUGAUAUUCCAUGCAGCUAAACAGAUGGAAACCUCAUCUCAAGCAGACCUUACUCUCUCAGCCACUGGAAACUCAAAAUCUUCUGUGAGAAGCACAGAGGACAAAUGA